AUGGAUAAAAUCUCAGAAUUAAGUAAGCAAAAGAUUGACGAUAUCGCCAAUGAUCCAAACAUGAUUCUCUCCGUAGCCAUUAUCAAUACAAUCAAUUAGCAAUCAAAGACAAGUAAAACAGAUGCCCGCAAUUAGAAUUCUGAUUCAAGCAAUACUAACCCCGCUCAGGCUCCACCUAAGCCUCAAGAAGUAGUAGAACUCGCCCCAAUCUAAGAGAUAGCUAUAAAGCUCAGAUCAAGGAAAAUGCUGACUAGAGAUGAGUUAGCACUGCUAAGUGUUUGCAUCUCUUCUAAGUUCAGCGAUCUAAAAGAGGAUCAAAAUUUAAGCGAGACUUCGAAACUGAAAGAUAUUCUAACCAUUAUCUAUUACUCCAUCUUAAACACUCACUCAUACAGCUAUUGCUAGAAUUUCCUAGGUAAAUAUCUAUUUAUCCAAGCUAAUCUCAGUUUAACUAUGAUUUUAGAACGUUCGACUCACUAAAAAUUGUGCACUGAAAUGCUAAACUUGGUUAAAAGAGUCCUAGAGUUAAUUACUGUAAAUGAUACUCCAGAUAUCAAGUAAUUUAACCAAACUCUUCCAAUCAUCUUCAAAAUCUUGUCUACUUUGGAAUCCAAGUCUGCUUAUGAUGAAGCUCAGUACAGAUACCUUCGUGCUUAGGACCUCAGAAUCGACACUUACUCACUUGUGUUCUUGAAUCAAUACAUGAUUUAGAUGGCUCCUCAACUUUAUGGAAUUCAGAAAAAUAAUAAAGCUCAAGCUGUAAAGGUCGAAGAGCAAGCCCAGAGCAUUAUUUAAUUGAAUGCUGGAAAUAUAGAAGUCAAUGAUAAUGACUCUAUUGAAAUGUGCUUAGAUUUCAUGCCUGUCGAUUACAUAAAUAUGACCAAUAUGCUAAACUAGCAUCUUUAAAGCAAUCUUAUGAUCACAAUUAAGGAUGAGGAGAUGUCACAAGUUGAUGAAGAAGAGGAAAAAGCAAGAUAAGGAGAAGGAAGCGAGGAUUUCAUCCAAGCAGCUCAAAACAACAUUCAUAAGCUCAACAUAAUUGAUCUUUUAAGCAAAACAAUAGAAAUGGUAAUUCAGAAGGCACUUGAAGAAAAAGAUACAUUUUUAGAGUUUGACUCAAGCCUCCUUCCUAAAAUUCUAAAUUAAAUUAAAAUGAAAUAAAUCAGAACGUAUUAGUUCGUACCAGUUCUGACAGAGUAAAUGAUAGAAAAAGUACUUGAAAGCCAACGAAUUUUGAUUGAUCAAAGCAAAACCUAAAAUUCUGAAAUGGAAAUUCAACCCUUAGGUACUGAUUCAACACAAAUUGAAACAACUAUAAAAGCAAAAGAAGAGUAAAUAGUGAAUGCUAUCUCAAUAAUAGCUAAGUAUGCAGAAUUCUUAUGUUAAGCAGGAAUCAGCUAGGAAAAUGAAAGUAUUGCAAAGCAUCUAGAAAUGAAUUUCCAAACAAUUAUUAAGAAUGCUGAGUGCUUUGAAUAUCUAAUUAAUCUGAUAAAAUCUGAUGUAAAGCUUGCAAGGUAGAUGAGAUCACCUAUACUAAGUUUUAUUCAAAGUAUACUGCAAAAUUUUGUGAGAAAUUAACAGUUCUUUAAUCAAUUGGAGCAUGAAUAGCAAGAAGGAUUUAUUAUCAUACUAACAAAUCUUGUGAGAGCUAUUUAGAGACUUGAAAUAGUAGGGGAAGCUAAGCCUGACAAAGAAAAGAAAAAACCAAAGCCCUAACUUCAACUCAAGUAGGCAUCAUCUACACCAGUUUAAAGUUCUUCUACAACUAUAAGAACAAGAGGUCAAAUAAAGAAGGAAAUAAUAACAUCAGCACAAAAAGAUUUGACAUCAUAAGUAAGUAAAGAAGAGACCAAAGAAGAAGAGAUGAAGGAUAUAAACGAGGAAAAAUAAAAAGACACCAUCAUUACUAAGCAACAAAUUGAUUUAAAAACAAUCUUUAAAGUAGAUUUAAAUGAUACCCUUAAAAGUUGUUUGAGCCUUCUGGUACUAUUCAGUUCAAGAUUUAUCAACUACACUUUAAGCUAAAAAGGGGAACUUGAAUUAAGUAGAUAAAUAAUAAACAAUUUACUUAAGAUAUCCUAAAAGCCUAAUCAACUUAUAACGAGAUUGGUUUAUGGAAUAUUAUCUGAGUUUACAAAAUCCUCUAUUAAGUUCUCUGAGAAUACUAAAUUAAUGAUUUCUUAACUACUAGAUAAAAAAUUAUCGAAAUUUUUAGAAUCUAACGUUUCAACUGUAUUUGCAGCUAAGUUAAUGAUCAUGCUAAAAGGCACAGAACUUUCAUUCGAUUUAAGCAAGAAAUUUAUCACUAAUUAAAAGUUAUGGGAUAUCAAAGGAUAAGCACCCCAGAAUGUUCAUGAGAUAUAUGAAGGUACCAAUUUAAACAAAUACAUCAUAUUCAUCCUCUCAAUCCUUAACAUUGAAGGAGAUUAAAAAAAGAGAUAAUAAUUACUUGAUUAGAUCUUCAUAAAUAUCGAAAGUAAUCAAGCAAGUUUAUUAUUAAGCAUUCAUUAGCUUUAAUUGAUGCUAAUAGAUCCAGUCCACAUGGCACUUUUGAAGAAAUGCGUUCAAUAGUACAUUGCAAAACUUAUUACAAAUAACGAAAUUAUAGAAGUUCAAAAAAUGCUCUAUCGUUUAAUUGAGAAUUUCAAUAGUUUAGUUGAUCCCCAAAACGAGAGUAUAUUCAACGAAGAUCUAAUUGCUCAAAACGUAGUAUAUCUCAAUCAGAAUUAUUUUGUCUUAAAGCUGAAAGAGUUUCUUAAAUCAAGCUCAAAGCCUGAUAAGAUUAAAUAAGUUGCCUACAAAGUCUUGAAAUUCUCCACUCUAUUUGAAAAGAAUUAGCGUAACAUUACAUUGAAGGAACUGCUUGAAAAUCAUUAGAGUGAUUUUAGAGAUUCUCAAGCAAAUGCUCUGCUAAAUCUAAGUGUCAAUAAGUAUCAUGAUCAAAUAUAGAAAAAAUUGAAAGAUCAGCAAGCUCUAACAGAGGAAGACUUCUUGACCAUCAAAUUAAUAAUAGAAAAACUUAGUGACCAAACUGCCAUUUCAAAUAAAAUAUAACUACAUAUUCUUUAAGAUACAUACGAACCUAAUGCCAAAAAUCAAGAAUUUGGAUCUUUACUCAAUAGUCUAGUUAAUUAUGGCAGUAAUUCAGUAAGAGUUAAGAUUUUCGAUAAACUACCAUAAAUGUUGCCCGAAGAGAAAAAAUUCAUGCAGAUGAUUACUGAUCCAUAGCAAAUGAUGAAGAAUAUUUAGACAAUAGUGUCCAGUGAAUCUGGAGAAAUACUCUAUGCUCAUACACUUCUGCAUAGCAAUGAUCAACAUCAAUAAUAUCUUUCUUCUCUUUUACUUCUCAAAGCUCUUUUCAGAACUCUAGAAACUAUUGUUAGAGAGGUCAAGGGUGAAGAGCAUGCUUAAAUGAGGAAUGCAAUUUCUACAGCUAUUUUAUAGCAAUCAAGAAUAUACCCUCAAUUAUCAAUGUCAGAGCUAUCCACCACAGUUGACUUAGAAUUUUUAAUAAAGCUCAUUAAUGAAUUGCACGCUUCUCAACUAAAAUCUAAUGAGCUAGUCAAACUAGUAAAUCUGGACAGGAGUCUAAACUCAUUAAUGAUGAUUUAUGAUUAUAUCCACUUUAAGCAAUUAGCCUAAGCAGAGUCCUCAGUUCAACUUUUAUAACUUUUACAGCAAAUUUAAAAUGAACUCUCAGGUGUUCUUAGUACGGCAUAAUUCUAGUAGAAAGCAGACAAACAACUUUUGAUAAAUUAUCUUACGACCAAGAAUGAGUCUGAGCAUUAGUAUAUGAAGCUCAUAUUCCAGCUUAAGUAAAAUGGAAGAGAUAUUCCAGGCUUGAUGUGGUAGAUAGCUACACAGUUUCUGAAAUAGAGUUUUAGCAUGCAAGCCCAGUUAUCCUUACAAGAUGAUUCUUAAUUAGAAAUGAUAGAAGGAGACAUCAGUGAAAAGAAAGGUGGGGUUUAAUUGACAAUUAACUUUAGUCAAGGAAGUAAUAGUAGCAAGUAAACACCUUCGAGAGGCAGAGGUACUAGAAAACAUUAAACAUCAAAACCAACUUCACAGAGCCAAUAAGUAAAGGAUGAGGAGAUGAAGUAAGUUGAAAGUGAGGACCAAGCAAAACCAAAAGCAGGAAAAGAGCCGAAGAUCAAUGUUGUUGCUUAAAAGAUGCUUUACUUCUUAAAUGAUUUAAUGGACUACGAUAAAUCUUAAGAGGCUACUGAGGAGGAAAAAUCUCUUUCUCAGAUUAUAAGGAUGGAAUUCUUAAAUGCUACAGGUUUAAAUGAAGAUAACUUGAUCGGUUAGCUUUAUAAAUUAAAGCAAAUCCCACUUCUAAAGAACAUUCUGCAUAGUUUGAUCUCGUUGAAUAAUGAUUAAUAAUCGAAGUAAAUACUUUCUACUAGAAUUCAGCAGUUGCUCAUCAAUUUUAUUGAAUAAAAAGCCAGCAAUCAAGACGAAUAGCAGUUCCUUACUCUAAUAUUAGAGCUAAUCUUAUUAAUAUCUGACAACAAUACUUAAAUAAUCAGCUGUAUCUAAACUCAUAUAUUGAAUAAAAAUCUAUGCUAAUCUAUAACCUCUAAAGUAUAAAUUCUUGAUUUCAUGACUUAACUUGGACUAGCUCAGUUCUCAAAAGUUUCACAAGAUAAAAUUGUUUAUAGCUAGGAGUAAAUUUAAGAAACAAGACUUAAAGAACAACUUAAAAAGAUGGAAGAGUAAAAGAAGAAAAAAGUUAUCUAAUCUUAGUAGUUAUAAAAUGAAGAAGAGGCCUUAGCUAAUAUAACCAGCAUGGUUGAAGCAUCUAGAAAGGAUGCCAAAAAAUCUCAAGAAAACAAUGUAGAAGGUUACAAGUAGUCAUAACUAAUUAUGGAAGAUAGUAAAUGCUAUGAGAAAUAUAUGGAGAAGCCAGAGGAUAUUUGUACUUAUACUUAAACUAAGAAGGAUUUUAAAAAUCAGCAUUGGUAUUUCUGCUACACUUGCGACUUGACAGAGAGCAAUGGAAUAUGUGCAGUUUGCGUCAGGAAAUGUCACAAAGGUCAUUAGGUUACUUAUUCGAGAAAAAGCAACUUCUUCUGCGAUUGUGCUGAAUCAGGAAAGUGUAUUAGUCUUAAGCCAAGUGCUCAGGCUGCAAAGCCAAAAGAGGGAAGUUUGAAUGCAAAUGCCAAGCCAUUUAUUCCAAAAAGUAAAGAGAGACCGCAGGAAAGGUCUAGUUUGUUUGGAAACCCACCUGAAGUUGACAGUGCAUUUGAGGGUCUUUAGAUGCCUUCAGGAUUAGCAAGAUUUAUACCUAACAACACUGGAGCAGCUGCUUUUGGAUUUAGUAGCUAUAGUCCUUAGUAUCAAUUGGAUGGGGAAGAAGAGGAUGAAGAGGGAAAUUAAUACCACUUUUUAGAAUAAUUCAAAAAUUCCAUCCUUGAUCGACCUUAAAAUUCAACUGACUUUAUCCUUUAAAAGAUUGGAUUGAAAAAUGAAAUAAGAAGAAUAGAAGGUAGAUAUCUUGAUAGCGAGAGUUCAGAUGAGGAGUAAAGGGAUGAAAAUGACGACAAUAUAGACAUCGGCCAUUUAACAGGCAUUAGAUAGUUGAAAGAUGUUUCGAAGCUCAUGCAAAUACUCAAAAAAGAUGCAAAGUAUUCUCAGCCACCUCCAAUGUUUAGCAAAAACCCUUUUUCAGGAGUAGGAGGCUCUGGAUUAAACUUGAAUAGAGAUGAGCCAAAUAGACCACCUCGAAGAUAAUCAUCUUCAUCAUUAUCACAAAUGACCAAUAUCCUACCUCUUGAGGACCCACUCUCAGAUGCAGGCUCAACUCCAAUUCACACUCAGCAAUUUCAGCUUGGUGAGUCACUCUCUCAUUCUUCUUAGUCGAGUGCAUCGAAGCAAAAAGAUGAUGAAAUGGAAGACUCAACUUUAUAUGAGGACGCAAGAAAUGCAGUCAAACAAUAAAGGCAAUAUUUCUUGGAAAUUUACACUUAACUUAUUGGUCAACUGGAUGAGCAAAUUAAUAACUUUAUUGAAAGUGAUUCAAGAGAUUCUGAUGAAAUUAUGAGUUCCUUCUCUUCUCCAAGGAAAUUAGAAUCAAGAAACUAAACUCUGGUUCAAACUAAGAGCUCUACUAAAGUUAUCUAGGAUAUGUGCACAAAUAAAAAAUCUCAUAAAGACAACACAUUCAAUAUAAAACUCACAGAAACCUCUAAGCAAACAAUUAACAUCGACUUAAAUUUACUUCACGUUGUCGAUUCUAAUCAAGAUGGUCUUGUUGCUAUCUGUGAAAAGGAGAGCGAACUAGCUUUUUAUCCUAGUUCAUAAUUCUUUGAGGAGAACUGCAGAUAAUAAGCAAGUGAUCAGUUCACUUAUGAAGUCAAAGAAGGAUAAGAAGUAAGCAAAGUUGAGACUUACAAUCAAUUGGGAUUCAAUGUUUUACACUUGAAAUUCAACCCUGCCUAUCCAUAAUACUUAGCUGUAGCUGGCACUCAAAGCGUUGAAGUUCUUACUCUUUCAAAGCAAGGAAAAGUAAUUUCUAAACUUUCAGUAGACUUAAUGCUCUAAAUGAUUUCCAGAGAAUUAACUAUUAAAAAUAUCCACUGGCUACCUGGUUCAUAAACUAUGAUUGCAGUUGCAACUAGAGAUUUCGUUAAAGUCUAUGAUUUAGCAGAGGAUAAUAUUUGCCCUAUUUAUAAUUUCUAGUUAUUUAAUGGCUUCAUCACUGACUUUGCUUUUGGAAAAAUGACUUAGACUGAUAUCGUUGGUAAAGUUAAAUGCACUGUAUUUAUCACCUCUUUAAAUGCCCAAGUCUACUUCCAUGAAUUUACAUACAAGAUUCAGUCUUUGCAAAAUCUUAAAAUUGAUGAUGAAGUCAUGAGAGAUUAAUCUCAAGAUCAAGGAGCUAAUUCAGAAGUAAUUUUAACAAGAGUUUUAAGCUUCGACUCCUCACUUAAAGUAACAGAAUCAAUGAAUUGCGUGUCAGUUUACUUUAGUAAGCUUGCUGAUGUGCUGAUAAUUAGCAUGACUCAAGGAGUCACCAUAAUAGGCAAGCCUAACUUUGAAUAAGGAACAUUUAAUGGAUUCUACAUUAAUUUCAAUGAAGAUUCCACUAACUAUACUGGGAACACAAAGACUCUUUAAUAAAAAUAUGGAGAUAAUCUAGUAUGCUUUAAAGAUGUGGAAUGCUUGCCUAAUGAGAGCAGUCAAAUCUCCUCUAAGUAUUACAUCUAAGCCAUAUCUAGGAAACUCAAUAAUCUCAAUAGUGGAAUCCCUGUUCUAUUAGAAAUAAGUAAUGAUCUGGUAAACAUUAACUUUUUGAAAACAACUUCCACUAGUACCUUAGUUCCUUGCUUUGGAUUAACUUACUCAAAAUGUAGCAACAAAAACUAUCAAAGCAUUCAUAGAUUGAUAAGCAUUUAAAGUGAUGGUUCUUCAGUGGCGUUCUCAGUAAACCCUCUUUGCGUUCUUGUUAAUAAAUAAGAGACUUAGGGCGAAUCAAUUAGCAAGUUCUUCAUGCAACAAUAACUCAUAAAGAAGUCUGAUUUGCCAAAAGAAGUUAAAAUGCCAGUUAAUUUCUUUGAGAAAAUGAAGAACGUUUAUACCGACUCUAACCUCAAAUCUAAACUUUCACUUUCAAGUGAUAUAGUCACUCAUCUAAAAACAUCUAAAGCCACAAUCGAGGCACUUUCUAAGAAUUCAAAUCAGCCUUGCAUUGCUGAAAGUUCAAAGAAGUCUAUGAAGAUGAACAUUAAACUCGAUAUUUAAACUGAUCAUGUUCUAACUGGAAUUAGAGUAAGAAUAGAGUAGCAACCUAAAUUAUCACAAGAUGUAGGUUUCAGGCUGUUCCACAGACAGAUCAAGUUAAGAGCUAAAUCUAGUUUGUUCUUUUUUGAUAUUCCGUUUUGUGAUGCAGAAGUCAUUUUUGGAGCAACUAACGUUAUUGAAUGCGAAUUCAUUACUGAGGAUGUUGCAAGAGUUCCCAUUAGAAUAUAUUGUAUUGAAUUCUUCGCUCAAUCAAAGAAAGAAUUUGGAUUUAAGGAUAAAAUUAAAAGACUGGAGAGGCUAACUUAAGAUAAAAAUAAUCAAUUUUCCUCAAAAGACUAAAAUAUUACCCUUGAUACUUAAUUAAAAAAUGAGAUGCUAAAGUCCUCUGGCAAUCCCAUUCUAUCAUGGAAAGAAAAGCAAAAAUUACUUGGUGAAGUGGAUGAGAAGUAAAGAAAUUUGAUACUUUCACUAGACCUAAUUUCUCAACAAAUUGAUGUAUUAACUUAAAACGACCAAGUUAUUGCUUAAAAUCUAAUUGAAAGACUACGAAUCUUGAUGAAAGAGUAACUUUAUAACGACAAAGGCAAGUAAUCUUACUUUUCAAAAGCAGUCUAGAGAUGCCUCAUAAAACUUUUAGAAAACUAGAACCCACAGCCGAAAUCAAACUAGAAGAAUCCAGGAUUCUAUUAGAUCAAGGACGAAAUUAUCAUUGAAGUCAUUUUGAGUAGAUUAAAUUCUAAUGCAGUUCACAGAGAGUAAUUAACCCAAGUUGAGAUAAGAUUUUUCUUAGAUAAGCUUAACAAAAUAUAUUCGAAGCGUAAUUAUAAGCUAUUCAUGGCUAUUGAAUAAGACCCUAAUUUAAUUUAAUAACUAGUCAGAUCUUAUUUUGAAAGUUACAAGUCAUCAGACUCACAUACUUUAAAGGAUAUCUAGAAUCUUUCCAGCUUGAUAUUCGCUAACUACUACUUCUUGGUAAACUAAGGAUUCGAAUAAUAAGAUAAAAACUUAAGAGCCUGCUAUACAGAAAUAUAUCAAAGAAAAGAAUUGGAAAAAUUCUUCUAUAUUCUAGAGCCAAUGCUAAUGCAUCAAGAUGAAAUCAUUCAAAAAACAACAACCUCAUCAAUAAUCAAAAUUCUAAACUAAUACUCUUAAACAGUCCAUAAAUCUAUUCAGCUUCAAUAACUUCCACUAAUAAUAAUUAAAGACAAUAAUCAAAAUAUCAAGAGGCCACUAAUGAUUAAUGAUGCUAGUCCUCACUUUAUAUAGUUCUUGUUAAGUCUAGUGACAAUACUUAAAGACUAAGCAGAUCUUCAAUAUUCUCUUGCCUAUAAAGUAAUUAAGCUCUAUGAAUCUAGGUAUGCAAAUCUAGUCUCUAAUAAUCCUUUAAAUGAAUAUUUACUAGAAUUUAUUGCUAAACCUAUUUCUGAGUUCAUCAUUAAGUCAUUUGGAUAAGUUAAUGCUAACCAGGAUUUAUAUAACAAAUAAAGUCUUGACUCAGCUUCAUACUUAUACACAAAUCUCGCUUUUGUUAAUUUACUUAUGAUGCCAUAGUCUUAGGGUUUAAAUAGACUCAAAUCUAGGGCACAAAAAAUUAGUUUAAUGGAUAGGACAGCACAUACUGUCAUCAAUUUCAUACAAGAGCACUAAGAAGCUUAAUCAAUGCUCUCAGAUUUUGUAAUUGGAAUCAUGAGAUCCUAUGAAAGAGGAUUUAAAAGUGGCCAAUGUUCUUAUGUGGUUGAGGUCUAAUCCGGCUUCGCAUAGGAUGUGAAAGAAAAUCUUCAAAAUGAAAAUAUUGGCGGUACUGGUGCUAGAUUACUCAGACCAAUCAGAGAAAUAAAACAAUGGAAAUGGCAUCCUAUAUUCUUAUAAACUGACUAUCUCUUUGAAGUUUUAGAUAGGAAAAUUCCUGCCUAGGUUCUUAUUUUCUAUUUAAAUCUGAUUUCAAAGCUUCAAUAAACUAACUAAGUGAAAGAAAAAAUAAGCCAGUCUAUUGUUGGACUCUGUUUCUCCAAGCCUGCAAAUGAAUUCUUAAAGAAACUUGGUGAGGCUGCCGUUUUAUAGGCACAGAUUCCUUUAUCUGCUGAAGACUCUUUAAUGAAUGAAGACUCAAAGGAAAAAACAGAUCUUCAAGAGACAAUGCUCAUACAGCAGCUAAAUCUUGAAUCAUCAUUUUAAGAGUUCUAUGAUCAAUAUGAACCCAUAUACACUCGAUACAUUAAAAAGAAAGGAGUUAUUUAGUUCAAUGCCCUAUUCUAAAUUCACAGUAUACUCUAGAAUAUUUGGAAUGCUGCUAAAUGGUCUCCUAAGUUCUGGAACAAAAUAGUUUCUGAGAACUAGAAACAAUCAAGAGAUAUUCUUAAAAUGCUAAUUGAAUCUUCAUACGCUUUAAACGAAGAUAGCGCUUCACUGUGUCUUGCACUAUGUUGCUUGUCCUUUGAAAAUUCAGAAGACCUACCUUUUUCAAUCGGCAAGACUUAUACACCUAACUUCUCAUGCGAUUUGUAUUAAGUACUGUAACCUAAUUAACUUGGAAAGAAAUAUGCUAUUGAUAAUAUUGAUACCUCAAAUCUCGAUCUAAAUAAAUUCAUAAAUAGUUUAUUAUUGGGUAGAAAUUAAAAUUAACUAAGACAGCUAGCUGCUAUCAUAAUUAAAGGAAUUUAUGAGAGUGAAAAUGGCAAGAUUGUAAAACUUCUGCUUGAUUAGUUACCUGUUUUGAAAUCAUUUGGAGUUAAUGCUUAAGAAUAUCUUGCAGUUUUACAGUAUGUCAUAAAUAGAGAAAUUCAGAUGGAAAAGAUAAGUAACUAAGAUGCUUAAGAAAUAGUAGCUGGAAUGAAACGAGAAAUCAAAUUUAAUAAUCUUUAACUUACUUCUCAUCCAAACUUAGUCAUUUAUUCAACUCUAUAAAAAUUAAGCUCAUCAGCUUCAGCUAAGAAUGAGACAAUAAUUGAAUAAUUAAAAGAUUCAGGUAAAAGUCUUUUUGGAGGGGGGGCUAACGCUGGAUUAACUGUAUUAGCUAAAGGAGACAAAAAUAGUAAAAUUACCAAUCCUUAUAUGCUUGAGAGUGAGGCUUGUAGCAAAUGCUAUGAACAAAGAGCUUCGCCUUAUAAUGCUUACAGAAUGAAUGAAAUGAAAACUGAGCAUAAAUGUACAGACUCUACACUUAUUUACAAACUUAAUACAACUUAUAACAUCAAGCAAAUUCAAAUGAAUAUCAGUGAUAUCAGAGGUGCUAGGGUGAUCAAAACUCUAAAUAUUCAUAUUAAUAACAAGUAAGGCAUUGAUCUCGCUGACAUGAGAAAUAAUUGGAGUUGCUGGCGGUUGGUUAAAUCCGUAGAGGUUGAAGUAGCAUAGAGAGUAAUUGAUAUAGACUUCCCUCUUCCAAUUAAUGCAACUAACAUACUAUUUGAAUUCCAAACAUGUGCUUUGUCAAAACCUAUUACUGGAAAAGAGAAGCCAGGUCAUGCAGCAAGUUAAAACCAACAAAAUCAAGAAAAAGGAAAUGUUACUGGUUUAGAUACAGUAUUAUAAACUCUAUCAAAGGAUAUUACUCAAAAGAUUGGCUAUCAUAUUUCUUCAAAUUCAAAGCAGCUUGAUGUCAUUUAGAGCAACCCAUUUGAAAAGGAGAAUAUGAAUUGUCCAAGAUGUGGCAAGCCUGUUUAAGGGAGACAUGGAAUCUGUAAUUCUUGUGGCGAAAAUGCAUUAUAGUGCACUUACUGCAGAAAUAUUAAUUAUGAGAAGCCUGACGGGUUUUUGUGUAAUGAAUGCGGGAAUUCUAGAUUCAUUAAGUUUGAAUUCUCAUUCACAGCAAAGCCUGGAUUUGCUUGCGAGAAAAUAGAAAAUGAUGAUAUGAAAAAUAUUGCCACAUAAUAAAUUGAUUAGAACCUGCAAUCAGCUUAGUCGAGUUACUAGCAAUUAAUGAAAAUGAGAAAUCAGUUUGCUUCGGAAAUUCAAAUGGUUAAUGAUGGCUAUGAAGGUAAAAAUUUGAAAAACUUGAUAGAGAUUUACAAUGAUGAAUGCACAGCAACUUACUAGAAAAUGAUGAGAAGUUUGAAUAGCAUCAAAAUACUUAGAAGCGAAAUAGAUAAGUAUUAACUGUAAUCAUCUUCUUCAACUGAGGAAGAAUCCUCUGAUAGCAGAUUAUAAUCCUUAAGUUCAUAAUAAAGCUCAAGUUAAUCUUAAUGUUUCUCUUGCAUCUAAGAAUAGCUAAGAUCUUAACUUAAUUUCAUAAAAUACACUUCCGAUAGUCUAAGAAUACAAUAUCUUGAUUAAGGUUUUGUAGACAUGCUUUAUGAGAAUAACUUAAGUAUGCACAAAUAAUCCUUACAAGAGCCAGCUAAGAAGGCUAUCUGUUCUUUAAUAUAGAAUGAUUAAGAGAGAUGCAUGAAUAUAUUCAGCAGGAUCAAUAAAGAUGUGAAGAUUAAGAACGAAAAUGUACCAGCCCAUCUACUUUAAUAGACUCUUAAAUUCUAUUCAGAUUUAGUGCUUGAAAUGAUUAAGACUCAGGAAACAUUGAAUUUAGCUGCAAAGGACAAUUACCUAGAAGAACUCUAUGUUAAAUACUGGGAGAUCCUCAUUAAUUCAAUAUAAGAAUCUAAGGAAAAUGCUUCAAUAGCAAGUCAAAUAACUGCAAGUCUGAUGAAGAAGCUCCUAAGCUUCUUCUAAGAAAAGAAGAACUCAAAAGAACCAUAAAAACUAAAUAUGAUUACAUCUAAUGUUCAAGAUUCUUACUUGAAUCCAGUGCUAGAUGGCUUGAUAAUGCCUACUUCAAAUCAAGUGAGAGAGAUCUCCAGAGAUAUUAUCCUAUUAUACAUUGAACUAAACAAAGAUUGCAAACACACUUUGUUGACUCAAAUUCUGGAUAAAAUUGAUGAACUUUUUACUCAAUCCUCUAAUUCUACUGAUCAAUACUUUGAGAUACUAAAUAACUUACUGAAGGAACCUAUAAAUGAGGAAAAAGUUACAUAGUAUCCAGUAUAUUUCUAAGCUUUUGAAAAGCUAUUUGAACUUGUAAACAAUGAACUAGAGAAUUUGCAAUUCCAAGAAAUUUAGAGAGUGCAACUCGGAGAAGAUGGAUACAUGCCAUAAAUUUAAACAGGUCAAUUAUUAGCUAAAUUAGUUUCAUAAUUGGCAUCAAUUAUUAAGGAUUCACUAUUCCUUAAGAGUAAAAUCCAGACGAACGUGAGUCUGAUUAUCAAGAGUUUCCUUAAAAUCAGAAAACUCAACCUUGUCAAGAAUAAGCUUAUCUCAGAUAGUGAAAUUGAACUUGAAAAGAUGUUUAAGGAGCUUCACUCAGAAAAAGAUGAAGAUAAAGAAAAAUUCAUUCUUGAGUGUAUGAAAAUCAUAGAAGAUGGUUCGUGUGACAUGUAGGAAAUCAGAUUCCUACUUGAAGAAAUAUGCAAAGUUAUAAAUCCAGUCAAGCCUGAACCUGAGUAUCACCUAAACCUUCACAAGGCUCCCACUCAAGAGUUCUAUUUCAGAGGUAAGAUGAGUAAGAAUCCAUAUACUAGCACAUAUCUUGGAAAGACUAUGGAAGAUGUCAGAAAUAAGAUUUGCAAAGAAAUGGAAAUGGCUGAACCUGACCUGCUAGAAUUGCUAGUUGCUGGAAAGAUUGUAGGCCUUAACUUAACCAUUAAGCAAGUCUAUGAGCAGAUUCACUGGCCAGCAUUAUGCAAGUAAAGGGAUCCAGACAGUUACGAAGUUCCAAAUAUAGAAGAAGCUCCUAAGACUAGCUUGGCACCAAUGAGUGUUAUCUUUAGAUUGAUGGGAAUAGAUGGAGAGGCUACUGAAGAUAGAGUUGAAAACCUUGUUGAUGAAAGUGAAUUAGAAACUAACCCAGCUUAAAUUGAAAAGAAAUAUGGAAUAACUCAAGUAUUCACAAAAUAGUUUGACAGCAAGAGAAAUCAGAAUUAGCAAAUCAAUGGUAUUUGUGUGCUAAUAGAUGUCUUGUCUAGUAUUCAACAACUCUAAAAGUAGAGAUAUCUGGCUGAAUGGCUUUUCAACUUAAUCUCCUAUAUUGUCAAAAUUAAAGUCAACAGAAAAGCUUUUGUUCAUAACAGACAGACUAUUGGAUUAAUUGCUAAGAGACUGUUUGAAUCUGUGGGAAUGUAAAUCUAGAUCGAGGGUCAGAAGGGUCAGACCUUAUUCGACAAUAUUCUUGCCAUUUUAGAAUGCAUCGUAUCAGAGGUUAAUUAAGAUGAUGAGCAGUAAAGUAGUUUGAUUGAAAGAAUGGACAUUGAUAGCUAAAAUGAGAACUAAGAGGCUGCAAUCCAUGUUGAGAUAUUCAUUCAGAUAAUGUCUGAUGCUUGCAAUGAAAUGACUGCCAAUCUAAUUCCAAUCGACAAAACAUCCAAGAAGAUUAGAGCUGUCUCUAAAAUUCUACCUUUCCUUAUCAAAGCUGAAGAUACAUCUGCAAUUUAAAUAAUCAUUGAUUUCUUAGAGGAAUCAAUUUAAAAGAUUUCUGACUUGGACAAGGCAGGCCUUCUGAACAAAGAAAAGCUAGAGAUGCAAUUCAAUCUUGAAAGAGUUAUUGAGAUACUUGAAAAUACUACAGUUUAAAAGAACUUUAUCAAGGAUUCAGUACUUUAAUGUGAGUAAUUGAUUCCUAAUCUUCUUAAAUUCCUUGCUGAAAAAUCACUUGUAAACACCUCAGAUGAAAAUGCUCUGAAUCAGUUUAAACUUGGAAAUUAAUACGGCAUGAAACUAUUAAAUGCACUAGUCAAGAAUCAUCCUUAGUCAUAGAAACUUCUACAGAACUGCAAGGUUUUAGAUCUUAUCUAUUCUCUAACUCAAGCUAAACACAGAGAAAAGGUCUACAUUUUAUUGGCUUAGGACAUAAUUGAAAGUCUAACAAAUAAGAACAAUCUAAAUGAUGCUUCAGUUAAAGACUAUUUGCAAGGAAUUAUUAAUAGUCAAAACGAGGAAAAGAAGAAGCUAGCCUAGAGAAAGAAGGAGGAAAUUAUGAGGUAGAUGCAAAAUAAGAAAAAUGCCAACAAGUUUAUUAAGCAGAUCGAAAAUGUCUAGUUAUAAGAAGAGACUGGUCCUAAAUGUAUUGUCUGUCAAGAUGGAUACACUAAAAAGCCUACCGAUAUUCUAGGCAUGUAUGUGUUCAGUAAAAAAGUGAAAAUCACUGAAAUAUCGGAAAGUAACUAAGGAUUCAUAAACACCCAAGGCUACAUUACAGUGACACAUUCCAAUUAUAUUCAUUUCACUUGCCAUCAAAACGCAUACAGAGCAGAUGCAUCGUUGAAGCAACCAAAGAAGGAAUGGGAAGGUGCAGCUAUUAGAAAUGAUCAUACCAAGUGUAAUAAUCUAUUCCCUCUUAGAGGAGGUAACCUACCAGAAGACUCUUACUAUUCUAUGGUCGAGAAAUACUUUAACUUGCUCACAAAGACCGUAGGAUAAUGUGAUUCAGACAAAGUUAAAGUAGUCCUUCAUGAUUUUAAGAUACUGCUAAAGAGACUUGCCUAUGAGGACUCAUUCUCUAGAGAUUCAUAAGGUGGUGGACCAGAACAAAAUAGUCAUUUGAUUCCAUUUAUGAUUCAAAUGAUAGCUCAUAUUCUAAAGUAUAAUGAGCAAUACAAAGAUCAUAGUGAUGAUAAGACAGUAACUUACAUUUAGGAAAAGAGACUAAUUGAAUUUUUGGAAUCAGGAAUUAAGAAGAAAUAAGAUUUCAUGCAAAAGCUGGAGGAGGAAAAGAAAGUAGAGGAAAUUGAGGAAGAGGAGAAAUUCUCAGAGGAUAUGAGUUCUUGCCAGGAUGAAGAUGACGCAUAGGAAGGAGACAGCCAAAUGAACCAAAUCAAUAACAUUAAGCUUGAUUUGCUUGCUUUCAAAUUAACUUAGGCAUUAGUCUUCACAUAAAUGCCAAAAUGGGAAACAAUGAAAUCUCAGUUCUUAAGCAUAAUUCUUUGCACUAUUGCAGGCAUGCGUGAUGACAGAGGUACAGGGUAGGUUCUUAAGCCUACAGGUUAACAAUCAGAUUUUGCAACAGGCAAAAAGGUGCUAACUAUCUCAAAAUUGUAAGACUAAGAGAUGCAAGAAACAGUAGAGGCUGUAGGACAGAGACGAAGAAGAUUGUCUAGUGACAAUAAGAUCGAGCUUGUUCAAAGGUCUUUAUUCAGACUAAGACCAUUAUUGAUUCAAAUGAGAUUAGUAGACUUAGUGAAGUAAAGAUGGGAUGGCAAGAGAUUAAGUUUGCUCACUGCUGAGUCAAAACUGAGUCAAGAUGAAUACUUCUCAAAGCUAAACAGUGAGUUGAUAGGAAAGGGCAAUCUAUAGGAGAGCAUCUAGGAAUGCGAUGAAAUAUUCAGAGAGUAUAAGGAAAGAAUGUUGAAACUAGCAAGUGUCGAAGAAUUCUUGCAAGACUUAGGAAUGCUUGAAGGAAUUGUUAAAGAUUAUGGAAGUGUUGAGUCUUAUGUUCUCUCUCAUUUCUGA